AUGGUAGACGACACGAUUAGUCUGAACGUUGGAGGUAAGAGGUAUACGGUCAGAAGAUCAACGCUUACCGCAGACCCAGACAGUGACCUGGCGGAGAUGUUCAAGGUCGGCGUGAAAAGUGGCCCGAUGACGCCGGCUACCGACAAACUCGGAAAUUGCUACUUGGACUACGACGGCAAGACGUUCCGCUACAUCUUACAGUACUUGCGACACAAGAAAGACAAAAUGGAUGUCAUUAGCGCGCUGCCACUGAGCCCCUGCGAGUUGACCAAGUUAAUCGCCGUUUCAACCUUGCUUAAUUUGGACGAGCUUCGAGAUAUAUCACUUGAAAUGCUGCUGAAGUACAACAGCGAUGAAAGAAGCCACGCCACGGGUUUUCCACUUUUGGCAAACCUUCCGGCGACCGUCUAUGCCGGCUUCGAUCCAACGGCUGAAAGCCUACACCUCGGCCAUCUGGUAGUCAUAUGUGCCAUGCUGCAUCUGCGGGCAGCCGGCUUCGACGUCAUCUUCGUGGUCGGCGGGGGUACGGCGAAGCUUGGAGACCCGACCGGUCGCAACGAGGACCGACUGAUUCUUAGCGACGACCAACUGCUCUAUAACAGCCGGUCGAUCACGAACCAGUUGACGGCGAUCUGUGGUCACUUCGACAGCGAAGUAGAACUUGAGGUUGCGGCGGACGGCGAACCAAGGAAGAGGCCUUUAAACCCGGUGAUCAUUGAAAACAACGAGUCCUGGUUCCAACGGAUAAAUGUGCUCGAAUACUUCGACUGCGUCGGCAGGGCGUUCCGACUGAGACACAUGAUGAGCAAGCAGUGCGUUUCGAACAGAAUGGCGCACGCCGGCAUGUCCUAUGGCGAGUUCAGCUACCAGGUGUUGCAGGCAUACGAUUGGUUGCACCUGUAUCGAACGAGGUCAUGUCUGCUGCAGCUGGGUGGCAACGAUCAGCUGGGCAAUAUUCACUCGGGACGAGACCUGAUCAGGCAUGCGUGCGGCCGACAGGCGUACGGUCUGUUGGUACCGUUGCUUGUAUCAGACAGUGGUCACAAGAUGGGCAAGAGCAGUGGCGAAGUUUCGAUAUGGCUUGACCGGAAGCUGUGCACUCCAUACGCGUUCUUCCAGCAUUUCCUUCGCAUGCCCGAUGCUGAAGUCAGACGCAGCCUCGAGCUGCUCUCGUUCUUUUCUCAACCAGAAGUGGAAAAUAUAGUAAAGGAGCAUUCGCGGUAUCCGGAGCGGCGCCUCGCCCAAUUGAAACUGGCUAGGCAGCUGACUGUAUUGGUACACGGUGCCUCAGGGCUACAGAAGGCCUUAAGAACUACCGAGGUGUUGUUCGAAAAGCCGCACGAUCACCUGUUCGAAAUGGACGACCUCGAAAGACAAACGGUCAUCGACCAACUGCCACAUGCCGACCUGACACCGAAACCGCAUAUGACCGUUGAGGAACUCGCUCUCUCAGCCGGUUGCUUCGACACCGUCGAGGAGGCCGAAGCGGUAAUCAGAAGUGGAGGCUUUUCUGUGAACAAUUUUAGACUUAAGGAUCCGAUGGCCAAAUUGUCACCGGAAGUAAUAAAUGUGGGCAGAAAGUUUUCGUUACUUAGAGUCGGCAAACGUAGUCAUUAUAUUGUAUUGUGGAAAUAAAC